AUGUUGAGGGGAAAAGUGGAACUAAGGAGGAGAGAGAACGCGACCAAUUGGCAGGUGAAGUUCUUAAAGCGGAGGAUUGGGCUGUCGAAGAGAGCUCACGAGUUGUCUGUGUCGUGGGAUGUCGAGAUUGCAGUCAUUGUUGGAGGACGGAGACGAAAUAAGAGUCUUGGGAUAGAGUAUAGGGUCGGGUCAUAG